AUGUCAAUUUCUCUCUGCUUCAGUCCUUUCUCUUCACACUCGAAAACCCACAGUAAAGUUCCAAUCUUUAAACCUCUUAAGCCCAUCAUUUUCAAUCGGCCGAUUCCUCUAGUGAAGAGGACAUCCGUACCAGUUGUGAAGUGUAUUGGUAAUGAUUCGGGUAAACUUCAGCCUCUGAGUGUGAAAUCAGAGAACCCAAAAUGGGAAAAUGUGUUAUCGGCUCUUGCUAGCCUCUACCCUCUCUAUGUGACUGUCGGCGGCGCUGUUGCCUGCGUUAGGCCAUCGACUUUUUCAUGGUUUGUGGAGAAAGGGCCCACUUCGUACAGCUUGUCACUCGGGUUUAUUAUGCUGACAAUGGGCCUUACUUUGGAGCUUAAAGAUUUGAUCAACUUGUUCAUGCAGAGGCCCCUCUCUAUACUUUAUGGUUGCGCUGCUCAAUAUACCAUUAUGCCAGCCUGUGGAUGGAUAAUUAGUAAGGCAUUAGGGCUUCCGCCAUCCAUCUCCGUCGGCUUAAUAUUGCUUGCUUGCUGCCCUGGGGGUACAGCUUCCAAUGUGGUGACUUUAAUUGCUCAAGGAGAUGUUCCUUUAUCUAUUGUGAUGACAGUUUGUACAACUUUGGGAGCAGUAUUUCUUACUCCCUUAUUGACAAUGAUUCUAGCGGGAACCUAUGUUCCUGUGGAUGCGAUCAAACUUUCGAUCAGCACUUUGCAGGUGGUGGUUGCUCCAAUCCUGCUUGGUUCUUCAAUGCAGAGAGUUUUUCCUGGAGCUGUGAAAUUGAUUACACCAUUUGCACCACUGCUUGCUGUUUUAGCGUCGUCACUGCUUGCAUGCAGUGUAUUUUCAGAAAACAUUGUCCAUCUAAAAUCCUCAGCGGUUGGUGUAUCGUUGUCUUCCGAUCUACCUCUGUUAGCUCGUGCCAAAGCAAUCCUCUCCAGUGAAUUGGGAAUCGUGAUACUCUCUGUGCUGUUGCUGCAUUUUACAGGUUUUUUUGUGGGGUACCUUUCUGCUGCUUUUGGUGGAUUUGGUGAACGACAACGGCGCGCUAUAUCAAUCGAAGUAGGAAUGCAGAAUUCCUCAUUAGGAGUGGUUUUAGCCACUUCCCAUUUUUUGUCUCCGUUGAUUGCAUUACCUCCAGCUUUGUCAGCUGUAAUCAUGAACAUCAUGGGAAGUAGCUUGGGGUUUAUCUGGAGAUACAUCAACCCUGCUGAUUCAAACGGAAAACCUAUGAUGAAAGCUGAGUGA